AUGUUCCAACUCAGCUUACUUCUGUUUUACCUUCAGCUGUUGUUUGACGAAAGCAGGCGCUACUCUGCUUUCUACGAUCCGCGAGGGGAACGCCAUGUCAAUGCGACGGAUGGAAUUCUGAAGAAGCGUGAGGGUGGCCCACAUUACAGUUUAUUCCUCGUGCUUCGUUUGCUUCAGCAUGCUGUUUUAAGGAGACUGGCGCCACCCGAGUCUCCAACCCUCCCUAUUUUUCCGGGCUUGGGACCGGCAUUGGUCUAUCGCCUAAAGACCGAAUGGCUAGGUUAG